AUGCUGCUUCCUGGUCCACCAAUCGCGAAAUCCAAAAAGUCAUUCCGUCUUUCGGAGCUGUUACUGUCCGACCAAUUCGCGAAGAGAGCAGACCACUCUGCACUGCCACGGACACGUAACCUUCCCACGCAACACACACCAUUCAUUUUGGCACAUAGUUCUGAAAUACUCGCUAUGCAGUUCACCAUCAUCGAAAAGGACGCGCUGGACUCUGUUGACUGGAAGGAUCUGAUCAACCUCAGCUGGUCGCAAGAGGUGUCUUCUGUGCGAGACUGGGCACAGUAUAUUCACGCAUUUCCCACCAAUGUCACCGAAGUCAGCAGCAUCGACCUGAUCAUCACACGAUUUAACUUGGUGAUCAAGUGGUGUGUUUCUUCAGUGCUGCUCUGUGGCACAUCGGAAGAGCGUGCUCAGUGCAUUACGAAGUUUGUACAUAUUGCGACACAUUCACAUCGCAGUCUACGCAACUUUGCCACGACAGCACAAAUCACGAUAGCUUUGCUCUCUUCGGAUCUCUCUCGUCUCAGUACCACGUGGUCUAAGGUUGCACAGGCCGAGAAAGAUGCCCUCCGAAGUCUGGAAACCUUGGUCAGCCCAAUGCGCAACUUUGCUGUGCUGCGUGCCGAAAUGGAGAGUGCUGCAGCCGAGCUCAGCGAUGACGAGGUCUUGACCGGCAAGGGAGUGAUUCCAUUCCUUGGUGUCUACACUCGCGACCUUGCACUCAAUGCUCAGAAGCCAGCGUUCAUCACGCCGGCUGGAAGGGUGUCAACAGACGGAUCGCACGAGAAGCUCGUGAACUUUGAGCGCCACCGCACUACUGCAUCGAUCGUCAAAGGAGUACUGCGUCUACUGGAUGCCAGUUCGAGAUAUGCCAUCAAAGCAGAUGCCGAGAUUCUGACCAAAUGCCUUUGGCUAGCAGCACUUGCCGACAAUGAGAUUGCUGAGCUCAGCAAGGGACUAGAAAAAUGA